GGCAUCAGCUUAUGGGCGUCCUUGAAUCCAACUCUUAAAUCACUUUGCUCUGCAAUCCCUCUGCCCUUCCAACUUCCAGUCCAGUUGGCACCGCAGCAAGCAGGACGACUUCGAUUAGACAAAGUUGCUGCCAUUUGUUCCGAUUUGAAAGGAACUUUUUUUCGUUCGAAUUGGUGGCUUUGAUGAUUUAGGUUAAGCUAUUGGCGGAGAUCGGUCUCAAAUUGGUUGGUCAGGUGAUUCAUAUUGCAUUCAAUUAAAGUCGCAGCUGUUCCUAACCACUGGAGAAAGGAGGAGUUCAUUCUGAAAAAAUACAAUGUACCCGCAGGUUGAUCUGGCAAAGAUGGAUCGAGAAACCCUUACCUUGCUAGGGUCAGCAUGCUGUGCACUGCUCACCUUGCAUUUUACAUUACAGUUGUUGUCUCAGCAUCUGUUCUAUUGGAAAAACCCAAAGGAACAAAAGGCAAUAGUUAUCAUUAUUCUUAUGGCGCCUUUUUAUGCUGUCAACUCUUUUAUUGGUUUGUUAGAUAUUCAGGGAAGUAAACCCUUCUUUACCUUUUUGGACUCUCUUAAAGAAUGCUAUGAAGCUCUGGUGAUUGCUAAGUUCAUGGCCUUGAUGUAUAGUUAUUUGAAUAUUUCUCUCAGCAAGAACAUUGUACCAGAUGGAAUUAAAGGGAGAGUGAUUCAUCAUUCAUUCCCCAUAUCCCUUUUUAUGCCUCAUACUAUUCGUUUAGAGCAUCACACAUUACAGCUUCUCAAGUAUUGGACAUGGCAAUUCGUUGUUAUUAGACCUGUCUGCUCUAUCGUAAUAAUUAUACUUCAACUUCUUGGGAUGUAUACCACUUGGAUAAGCUGGACUUUCACGAUUAUACUCAACAUAUCAGUUUCCAUGGCUAUGUAUGCCCUUGUGAUUUUCUACCAUGUGUUUGCAAAGGAAUUAGCUCCACAUAAGCCUCUAGCAAAGUUCAUGUGCAUCAAAGGAAUUGUCUUCUUUUGCUUCUGGCAGGGAACUGCACUUGAAGUGUUAACGGCGGUGGGAGUGAUUCAAUCUCAUCAUUUCUGGCUGGAUGUAGAACAUAUCCAGGAAGCCAUACAAAAUAUCCUGGUGAUUCUCGAGAUGGUAGUCUUCUCUGUAUUCCAGCAAUAUGCUUUCAGUGUUGAACCAUAUAUUGGAACAGAUAUGGCAAAGACGAAAAAGAAUGAUUGAUGAUGAGCCACAUGCGACUGAAAAUGAGGCCACGUCUUACAAUUUUAUGGUGAUUGUGGACUUGGAUGCUAUUGUGGACUUUCUUAUCAUCCGUGUUAAAAUAGACUUGUUCAGGAGCUUAAGGUUAUGUGAGUGUAUGUACAUCCAGAUCUGAGGAUCUUACGUUUCCUAAUACAAGAUCCCUAAUAUAUGAUUGAGCUAGA